CGUCUAUUCCGAUCAAAGAACGAUUCUUCCUUCUUCUCAAUUCAUAUUACUCGUCUAUAUGUAACAAGUAAAAUAUGAAUGGGCUGAUGAACUCCAGUCGACUUUGUGCGCGCCGCGCAGGCUUUUUCGGAACCCGUCAAUCGCGUCACGCCACCGCCAUGACCGCUACCUCAAUCAGUAUCGGUCUACAAAAGAACCGGACGAGCAGCCAAUGCUGUAGCAAAAAGAAUGCCUCACAGACUCCAGCCCCAGUAUCAAUGACAUCCAAGGCUUUUUGGAACUCAAGACCGACAUGGAAGAGGGCUUCUGUCAACACUACGCGAUGCCUCAUCGGAUGUACAAUCGGUGACUUUGCAGCCAUGUGGUUUCUCCAAGCCUAUUACCCGGGGCUAAGUAUGGGAAUAGUGAUGCCAAUCUCAAUGGCCUCUGGUGUUUCAACGUCCAUUCUCCUGGAGACGGUCAUGCUACGCGUUGGGCGUGACGGCUUAUCAUGGCUUACUGCGAUGAGAACAGCGGUUGGCAUGAGUCUCAUCUCUAUGUUGACCAUGGAAGCGGCCGAAAACGCCGUGGACUACUAUUUAACGGGAGGACAAGUUGCUCUUGAUGAUCCAUCAUUCUGGCUUGCUGCUUUGGUGUCUAUUGCAGCGGGUUUCCUGGCGCCUUUGCCGUACAAUUACGCGAGGUUACGAAAAUACGGAAAAGCCUGCCACUGAACAGCCCACGAAAAGGACUCUUCGGCCUCGAACUGCAAUUGUAUUGUUGUCUAUUUCUUCUCAAAUUAUAGAAAGAUAUUAUAUCAAGUUUCCACUCUUUUA